ACUUUUAAAAUUUUUCCUCAAAACUCAAGUUAACCUAUUUAGUGCCUCAGUCAUUCAACAUAUUUUUUCUGUUGUUCCAUGGGCUGGUCUUUACUCUUUACCCCGGCUUUAACGACGAAAGAGAAGGCUAUUUAUGACAGGAAAAGAUAAGAGAUGCUCAGAGCAUGGUCAUAAAAAGAGCUGGCUGUGAGAAAUUAUGCUUUUGACGUUCUCCUUCACGUGCUUUUCCCAGACACAUGUCCUUUUUCAGCCAAAGGAGGACACGAAGGACCAUUUUUGAGAUGACAUUGUCAAUACCUUCUUGGGGAAACUGAACUAGGCACCUUCAACAUGGUUAACCACAACCCAGCUCGUGUUGUUCUCAUGUUUGUUGGAUUGUUUACUUUUUUAUCAGCCAUUACGUUCAACUUCCUUUCAGGGUUCGGAGAUAAAUCAGGUGUAUUCCGGCAGCGCACUGAGGAUGUGACAAGGAAGUACUCUACACUCAUAACUCCUGCUCAGUGGGCUUUUUUUGUAUGGGAUUUCACAUACUUUUGGGUUUUUGCCAUGUUUGUAUACUUUCUGACUGGCCUCUGCAGAAGGAAUGUGUAUGACUGGAUGUACACCACACCUGCAGUGCUGCCCUAUGGAUUUCAUGUCACCAUUAUCAUCAACUUUGGCUUGAAUAUUACCUGGUUGUUUUUAUAUGAUAGAGAGUUGUUGAUGCCAGCACUUAUAACCUCUGCGUUGAUGACACUUACCGACUACAUGGUCCUGUUCUUCGCCUGCAAUGGACUCCAAACCUAUGGACCCUGGUUGAACAAAUAUCACAAAGCAGACCUGUGGCUCUUCAGAAUAUUGGUGCAGAACGGAGUGGCAGUUUAUGCAUCAUGGGGGACUCUCUCCACACUGCUCAGUCUGACCAUGUACCUACAGCACCGUACAGAAACAUUUAAAUGUGACUGUUCAUUCCUGGCACUGCUGCUGCUUCUGAUGGAGCUGGUGGUGUGGUUUCUCUUAGAGAACUUUUACUUUGUUGAUGAAGUGCGGUACAUCGUGACCAUCUACCCUGUGGUCAUCUAUUGGCUGGCAGGCUCCCUGACAAACUCCAGAUUUCCAGGGAAUCAAGUUUACAUCUUUGCAGCUGCGAUCCUGGGUAUAUCCUGCAUCAUGUUUGUAGCACGCUUAACCCUGGUGGUAUGGAGACACUGCAAACAGCCGCUUUACGAAGACAAUGGGCUGAGCAUGUCUCCGGUGGAAAUUUCUUUAACACAAAGCAAUUUUUUCCUCUAAAUGCAAGAUGUUGAUACCAAGAGAUGAGGUGUAAAUAUAUUCUAGAUUUUUUUUUUUAUCAGAAACUGUAAAUGGCUGCUUUAAAACACUAUGUAAUACGAGUAAGUUUGUUAAUAAAGUAAUAAAGAAACCAAUCCA